AUGGGACGUCGCCAUCGCAGAUCGAAAGUGACACGUGUCGUGAACCUCGUCAAGAAGAUCAUCGCUUUCUUCUUUUCCCAUAUUGGACUGUGUGCUCUGGUUAGUCCCCUCAAGUGGAUUCCAGUUAUUGUGCAUUUCUAUUUCUAGGUCGUCGGCUAUGCACUUUUGGGAGCAGUUAUAUUCAAAGCAGUCGAAGGUCCACAUGAAGCAGAGGUCAAUCAAUGCUAAAUUCUUUUUCAAAAACGAUCAGUAUUUUAGAUCCAGUCUCAAGUGAAAGCGGCCCGUGAAAGGGCGGUCGAUGUGGUCUGGAAUGCCACGUUCCGAAUUAACCGAUUGGAUUCCAAACAGUGGAAACAAACGGUUCUCGAUGAGGUUUUGAACAUCACACACAUAAAGAGCACAACGAAAGUUUUACAGGUGAAAGUGUUCAAAACAAUUUGUAUGCAGUCUAUUCGAAAGGGUUACGAUGGGAAGGAAUACGGUAAGCAGGCGCAGUGGACGUUCACUGGAGCAUUCCUUUACAGCCUUACAGUCAUCACCACAAUUGGUACGUAUUCUGAAUUGAGAUGAACAUAAAUUCUGCGUUUUUAGGAUACGGAAAUACUGCUGCUAAAACGUACAUCGGGAAGACACUGACCAUGCUCUACGCAAUCAUUGGCAUCCCUUUGAUGCUUCUCUUUUUGACUAACAUUGGAGAUGUUAUGGCGAAAAUAUUCAGGUAUGUAGGAUGGAAAAAGGAAAAAGGAUUCGGGAUCAGCAGAAUUCGAGCCUAAUUGAUUUCGAGUCAAUCUCCUCACACAGGCAAACCGAAGUGGGUGAAAUGAGGGCGAGGCGUGGGCAAACGGGCGGGGAGGCUGACAUCAGACCCUUAUUUGGCCCACAUUCAAUUUAAAGUCAUUCAGGACGAAAAGAGUUCCCAGAUUCUCGUUUGCAGGUUUCUCUACGCACAAUCGAUUCGCCUCAAAUUCCGUCUGAUUUUGUGGCACAAAAAGAGAAAAGCGGCGAAAAUCCGACGUGCGAACAGUUUGGUGUCCCGCCUGACACGUGGCCAUCGCGUCAAGACGGACUCAUCCGUCGAUUCGUUCGGAUUGGGUGAGGGUGACUUGGCAAAGUGAGAUUGGAAUGAGGACUAUUUAGGUGCCGGUGCAGACGUCGAGGAUUUGUUGACCGCCCGAGUGGAGAUGGAGCAGUUGGAGGUGAGUGGAAUCUACACUAACCGUGUUCGGAUGCCUUUCGGUUUCAGGUCCGUGAGACAGCUGCGGCCCAGUUGGAAAGCGCCACAGUUCCCAUCUCGUUGGUCGUCUUCACGAUGCUCGCGUACCUCGGAGUCGGCACCACAAUAUUCAAAGUUUGGGAAGGGUGGACGUUCCUCGAGAGCUUCUACUUCUGUUUCAUCUCUCUCACUACGAUCGGUUCGUUUUUUUAGCGAUUGGCUGCGUGGCAACUCAGCCUCGCAGUUGGCACCGUGCCAAUUUGAAUAUUUCGAAUGAAAAAAUAAACUAUUUGAAAUAGUCUGAGCGCGUAGUUUAAUCGCGCUCUACCGCAAUCUCACGUGGAACAUUCUGAUUUCCUUUUGCAGGUUUCGGCGACAAAUUCCCGAGCACAUCGGUGAGCAACACGGACGAAGCGCAAGAGAAAUUGGUGAUCACGAGCAUCUACUUGCUCUUCGGAAUGGCUCUUCUUGCCAUGUGCUUCAAUUUGGCUCAAGAGGAAGUGCAGAACAAGACGAGGUGGAUUGCGGACAAGUUCCGAUCGAAAGAAGACGAUGACGACUAA